GGGAGAAAUACACGAGUGUUGAAUCUGUUCUGCGAAGAAAUGGCAGAUGCCAUUGCAGAUACGAGGAGGCUAUACAGUAAGCCUCAAAAUUUGAACGACGCGUAUGGUCCACCAAGUAACUUUCUAGAGAUUGAUGUGGGGGACCCUCAGACGGUCGGUGUCGGUCGGUCCAGAUACACCACAUAUGAGAUCAGACUGAAGACAAACCUCCCCAUCUUCAAGCUGAAGGAGUCCUGUGUUAGGAGGAGAUACAGUGACUUUGAGUGGCUGAGGGGGGAGCUGGAGAGAGAGAGCAAGGUGGUAGUCCCUCCUCUCCCAGGGAAAGCACUGAUGAGGCAGCUCCCGUUCCGUGGAGAUGACGGGAUCUUCGACGACACGUUCAUCGAGGAACGGCGGCAAGGCCUGGAGCAGUUCCUCAACAAAGUUGCUGGUCAUCCCUUGGCCCAGAACGAACGGUGUCUUCACAUGUUUCUUCAGGAUGAAACGGUGGAUAAAAACUACACCCCUUCCAAAGUCCGACAAGCCUGAAACUCACUAAAGCUUUUCCUGGUUCAAAGAAGAGAAAAAUGAUUACACCUCAUCUUAAAUAUGGCAAGACUGAAUGAAUCAUCCAAAAAAACUGUACCACUCCCAGACAAAACGGCUUCUGAGACAAACCAAUGGUCAACCAUUCCAAAACUGACACCCAUCCAAAACUAAACACUCUGAACUUAACCAACCAAUCCUGGGGAAGCAUUCUAAUAACCAGCUAGUCCUGUAAUGGCAUAUAACCAACAACCAGCCAAUCCUGAAGCAGCAUAUCAAUAACCAGCCAAUCCUGAAACAUUCAGGAAAAAAGACAUAACUGUCCAAAUGAAAAUCAACAAAGCUGAAAAGUCUUAAUGCCACAAAGUUUAACCAUUAGUCAUCCAACAAUAACAGUGGUCCCCUUGUUCUUUAACAUUGUUUUGUUUUGAUUUCUUGUGAUCAUUUCUGUCUUUUUCCUGCUUUAAUUUAAUAAUCUUGUACUCUCAAUUUAGUGCUUGUAACCACUCUCAAUUUGAGAAAACUAAGACACAUUUUUGUGUGUGUGUGUGAAUGUUGCAUUUGACAAUUAUUUAUAAUAAUCUGGAAACACCACUAACUUAGAUCAUUUUUAAUGUUCUUUUGAAUGUGUGUACCACCAUAAAACACAAAAAUAAACCAAAAAAUGAC